AGCUGCCAGCAGCAAAAGCAUUCAGACCUUGGAGGGUGUGACUUGAAGUCACACGUCUGGCAGAAUAGUGUUAACAAAUUGCACAUUUCAAUUGCAAGCAAACCUCCUGCAGCCUCUGGGCUCGUCGGUAACAAUAUUUCUGAUUGCUAUUGGUUUUUUUUUCAUUAUUAGUAGUGGAGCAGAAAUGUCAGCUUCUUCUGCCACCAGAGUGUUUGUGCUCUCUCUCCUGUCCAUCCCAGUGACUUAUCUGUUCAAUUUUUUAUCUGCAAAUAACAGAUCAUGGACAAACCUUAUUGCUGCGACACUUAUCUUGGUUUCUGUUUCAUUAAUCGCGUUUCUUUUGGUAAAACAAAAACCUCCAAAGGAUUCCUUAUUCUAUCUCUUUGCAGUUUUUGCAUUUACUAGCGUGGUGGACCUCAUUAUAGGACUUGAACUAGAUGGACUCAUUGAUGGAUUCAUGAACGUUUACUUGAAAGAGGGAGAACCUUAUCUGAGUACAGCCCAUGGCCACAUGGUUUGCUUUUGGGAUGGUUCAGCUCAUUAUUUGAUGUACCUCCUGAUGGUGACAGCUAUAGCCUGGGAACAGAGUUACAGGACUAUUGGCUUAUAUUGGGUUGGUUCGAUUCUAAUGAGCACCAUUGUAUUCUUGCCUGGAAACCUUGUUGGUAAAUAUGCCACAAAAUUAAAUCCAGCCAGUCUCCUGAAUAUUCCUUACAUUGUUCUUCCUAUCUGGGCUGGUCAUCGAAUUUAUAAACAACCUUUGAAGAAUGAAUCCACACCCAAGGCUAUUGAAACUGCUCAGAAGAAGAAUUUGCUACGGAGACCCCUAGACCUAUUAUUUACCAUCUAUCUCCUGUUUGCCAUCGCGUUCAGUAUCUUCAGAGGAUUGGUAGUUUUGGAUUGUCCCAUUGAGAUGUCUCGACAAUACCUACAGCAACAAGAGCCAUACCUGAAAGAUCCUGCAGCCUACCCAAAGAUACAGAUGUUGGUGUACAUGUUUUACACUGUCCCUUUCUGCAUCAUUUCCCUUUAUGGUCUUUCAGUUCCUGGGUGUUCUUGGCUGCCUGACUUUGCUCUCCUUCAUGCUGGAGGACUUGCACAGGCACAGUUUUCCCAUAUUGGAGCAUCCCUUCAUUCCAGAACCCCUUAUGCGUACAGAGUACUAGAGGAAGCCCAGCUGUUCUUUCUAAUAAUAAAUGUACUUUAUGGCUUGAUGCCACAGUUGUUAGCCUACAGAUGUGUCAACAAGCCCGAGUUCUUUAUGAAGGUACAAGAGGACCCGAAGACAAAGUAAAGUCUAAAGAUGCCAUGUGUGUAAAACUAUAAUUGAUAGCAUGACGAAGAAAAGCCUGCACAAACCGC